CUCUCCCGCGCAGGGGCGCUUGGGAGGCGGAGGCGGCCCCGGCCCGCCCCAGCAGGACCCGCCGCCGCCAUCAUGGAGCUGCGCGAGGAGGCGCUGAGGAAGCAGCUGGGCAAGUAUAAAUUCAGAGACCUGACCAUAGAAGAACUGAAGAAUGUUAUCAAGACCUACCCAAACUUCGUAUUCUCCAUGAACACAUACACCUUCAAAGAUGGGUCCCAGAAAGACCUCCUGAAUUGUAGUGGUACUGUUCCAGUGAAAUACGGUAAUUCGUAUAACAUACCUAUUUGUCUGUGGAUUAUGGAUUCUCAUCCUUUUGCUCCCCCUAUUUGCUUCUUGAAGCCAACUGUGAACAUGGGAAUUUCAGUGGGAAAACACGUUGAUGCUCAUGGCAGGAUUUAUUUGCCCUACCUGCAAAGCUGGAGCCAUCCUAAAUCAACUGUCACUGGAUUAAUCGAAGAAAUGAUUGCAAAAUUUGAGGAAGAGCUCCCUUUGUAUUCACUGUCAUCUUCUGAUGCAGCCAGGCAAUCUGAACUCCUCUCUUACAUUGCAAAGAUUAGGGAAGGAGAGACUGACAUGAAAUCAAAGGGUAAAAUUGGUGGAGACAAAGAUGGAUGUUUUAACAAAAUUACUGUGGUUGGAGCUGGAGAUCUUGGCAUGGCCUGUGUCCUAGCAGUUGCAGCAAAGGGUGCUGCAGACAAGGUAGUUCUUUUGGAUCUUUCUGAAGGUGCAGCAAAAGGAGGAACCAUGGACUUGGAGAUAUUUUCUCUGCCAAAUGUAGAAAUCAGCAAAGAUUUUUCUGCUUCAGCUAAUUCAAAAGUUGUGGUACUUACAGUUAACUCUCUGGGUAAUGCUCAGACUUACCUUGAUGUCAUACAAAGCAAUGUGGAUCUGUUCAGAGGAAUUAUCCCAGCAAUAUCACACUACAGUCAGAACAGUGUUCUGCUUGUUGCUUCUCAUCCAGUUGAAAUAAUGACAUAUGUGUCAUGGAAACUCAGCGCAUUUCCCAAAAGCAGAGUUGUUGGAAUAGGUGGCAAUCUGGAUACUGAGAGAUUUCAGUAUAUUCUCACAAACCUUUUGAAAGCAGAGGUGCUGGGAAAAGAUGCUUGGAUUGUUGGUGAACAGGGGGAAGACAAAGUGCCUUCAUGGACCAGUUGUAAUUCAGCUGCAAACCAAACUGACACAAUGGCUGCUCGUAACUCAAGGGAGAAGGUGGCUAACAGAGCUUUGGAAGUUCUAAAGGGAAAAGGUCAGAGAUCUUGGUCUGUUGGGCUCUCGGUUGCUGAUUUGACUGACAGUAUACUGAAAGAUAAAAGAAAGGUUCAUUCUAUAUCCAUUCUGGCAAAGGGAUGUUGUAAUAUAAACAGUGAAGUAUUUUUAAGUCUGCCUUGUAUUCUGGGAACCAAUGGAGUAAUUGAAAUGAUCAAACUAGAAGAAGAUCCACUAAUGCUAGAGAAACUGCAGAGCAGUGCAGCAUCAAUUCAUGACCUUCAGCAGCAACUGAAACUGUAAGCACAGGGGAAGUUACGGUGUCUACUCACAAAAGUUGAAGGUUUGCUAUGCAGAAAGUGUUGCCAGGUAUAUAUGGGUUUCUAUGUAAAAAGGAAUUUUAUAAUUUACUUCAAAAAUUGCUUCCUUUUCUUAAAGGUUUGGUUAAAUUAUAUAGUACAGGCUGCACUGCACAGCAAAAAAUUCUUACUUUAAAAGUGAACUUUUCGAUAGCCAAAAUGAGGAGGGUAAUGUUUUACCUAAAUUUGGGUAACUUUUUGCACACUUUUUGUUGCUACUUAUGGCCUAGAUCUUGGGUUAUUAUUAGCUGUUUGCACCUCAUUAGGACACAGAUACUAGGCCAGCAGCUUGCCCAGCUUCUUUGAAACUUUAGUGUGCAGAGCCAGCUAGAACUCUUCCUCCUUUUUCUAAGUUCUGCCUAAGGGGCUUGCCUAGAGAUACAGUCACACUCCAGCUCACCAGGGCAGCUGAGUCUGCAAUCUGGUAACCUGAUCUUUCAUGCCUGUUGGAGACACUCUGAUGUCAAUGGACUCUUUUCUUGUAUAUUACUAGGAAAAAGAAAGAUAAAAGCAUGACUUAAUAUCCUUCAAACUUGAAGUAUUGCAUAUGAAUUUCUGUUGUGUUUUUACUGAUGUCUGAGACUUUCUUGUCAUGACUUGCUUGCUCUUACUCUGUGAGCACUUCCAGAAUACUAAAGCAUCUAUGGUUUUUGGUAUAUAGGUGUGGCACUCGUACCCCAUGUAGCAUUGGUGCAAGUGCUCUUACUAAUGGGGAGGAGCUGGGGUUAGGAGUGGAAUAAAGAAGAAAAUCCGACAGUUGAGUAAUGCAGAAAUAUCUGGAGUUCAGGCCUUGAUCCCAGGCCAGUUGAUGUCAGUAAGCCUUAUAUCAGACUGGAGGGAAUACAGCCAACUGAGAAGGCAACAGAUUCUGUAACCUUUCACCAGGAGGCCAAGGAGGUAGCCAAAAAGCAGGAUGCUGAUUUUAGAUAAAUCAAAAAGCAUAUGGUGUUAAGAUAAAGGGUCUUUUCUGUUCUAAACUAUCUUGAUUCAUUGCACUGGUAUAAGAAAAGAUUGUAUUCAUGCUGAUUGUACCUCAGCAUCGAAUUGCAGGGCACAAACUACAGCAGAAGAGAAGUGUGGACUCCACGUCUGCUGUGUGCCAUUUAAGAACAUCAUUCUAUAUUUAAGCUUUGAGGUAUGAUUGUUUAAUUAUUGAUGAAGCUUUCUAAGCAGAAGUGGGAUAUACGUAAGAGCUAAAGACCUAUUCCUUUGUGCCUUCCAUUUAUAUCUUACAAAGAGCCAGACUUGGAGGUAAUGAUGAGUUUAUAUUGAUCGCAGAAUUAAGAUGAACCUUUUCUAAAUCGGUUGAUUUUUCAUGAUGUACUGAAAUUUCCUUCCUGGGGGUAUUCAGUGAUGGGACAAAAUUACUGAUGGUUACGGUAGACCAACUUAGCUGCUAUAUUUGGAUAAAAAAAGAAAACCAAAACUCUA